AUGGGUUGUCAAGUAUCCAAUAUUUCUCCUUUUAUGUCAUAUUCGACUAAGGUUUAGGAAGCUAAACAAGGAUAAUCUGAAAUUAGAAGAAAUGUGAAAUAUACUAAUUAAUUACUCACCAUUCCUGAACAAGGAGUUAUGAAUUUGUAAGAUUUAUUUUUGAAGAGUGCAGAUAAAUAUGCUGUCAAAUAAUGCUUAGGUUCUUUUAUUGGAAAUGAUUUCUCUUUCAUGACUUAUUCAUAAGUUUAAGAAGAAGCUAUUUAUUUAGGCAGUGGGUACCUAAGAAUUAAAGAUAAUUUAGUAUUAAAACAUGGGGUCUGGCAAAUGAAGUUAAUGAAUAUAUGAAUUAUAAAAUGAAGUUGAUAGGAGUUUUUGGCAAAAAUAGAAGAGAAUGGGUGAUCCUUGAUAUUGCAAAUAUUCUCUAUGGAUAUACUAUGGUUCCUUUUUAUGAUACUUUGGGUAAAAUUAGUUUAUAUUGAUAUCUAGGUCCUGAUUCAAUUCCAUUCAUUUUAGGUCAGACAAAUAUUGAAACUAUGUUCUUAAGUGCUGAUGCAACAAAAUCAUUACUAAAAUGUAAGGAAAAAUACAAAUUAUAAAAUUUGGUUUUAUUUGAUUAACUUACUGAGGAGCUAGAAAGAGUAAUACUAUCUGUGCAAAUUAGGAAUUGAAAAAUAAAGGCUAUAAAUUAUUUAGAUAUGAAGAUGUUGUAUAAAAUGGCAAAUCUCAAAUUUAACCACUAGCUUAAAUUUAUCCAGAAACUAUUUAUACAAUCUGUUAUACUUCUGGAACUACUGGGAAUCCAAAGGGGGCUUUGAUAACACAUGCCAAUUUUGUGUCUGCAGUAGCCAGUACAUAAGUUACAGAUGCAUAAAUAAAUGAGAAUGAUGUUCAUCUAUCCUAUUUGCCAUUACCUCAUGUUAUGGAGAGAUUAAUAGUAAUAUCAUUGUUAUAUGUUGGAGCAUAAAUAGGGUAUUUACAUAUUUAAAUUUCUAGAUUUUAUAGAGGUGAUCCAAAUUUAUUAAAAGAAGAUAUUUUAAAAUUAAGACCUACUAUUUUUGUAUCAGUACCUAGGCUUUACAAUAAAUUCUAUGAUGGAAUUAAAGCUAAAAUGGCAGAGGUAACAUGUUUAAAAAAAGCAUUUCUUGAUUAGGCUAUAAAAUCUAAAUUAUCAAGUCUAAGAUCAUAAGCUACAUACACAAAUUCUAUAUAUGAUAAGGUUUUUGAAGGAGUAAAAUAAUUAUUUGGAGGUAGAUGUAGAUUAAUGGUCACUGGAUCUGCACCAAUUUAAUAAGAUGUAAUCGAUUUUUUAAAGAUUGCUGUUUGUUGUCCUAUUUUAGAAGGUUAUGGCUAAACUGAAUCAUCUGCUCUCUCAUUUUCAACAGCUAGAUGGGAUCCAAUAUCCUCACAUUUAGGUGGACCAGCAGCUAAUACUGAAUUUAAAUUAGUAGAUGUUCCUGAAAUGAAUUAUACUGCCAAUGAUAUUGUAACAAUUCAUAAGGGAGAAAAAGAGGAAAAAUUGGCUAUUUCCAGAGGUGAAAUAUGUUUAAGAGGACCUGGUGUUUUUGUAGGUUAUUAUAAGGAUCCAUAAAAAACAGCAGAAGCAUUGGAUUCAGAAGGAUGGUUACAUACAGGUGAUAUUGGAAUGAUUACUGAAUAAGGAGGUGUAAAAAUUAUUGAUCGAAAGAAAAAUAUUUUCAAAUUAUCUCAAGGGGAGUAUAUUGCACCAGAGAAAAUUGAGUCAAUUUACAAUAGAGUUUAAGGAGUAGCAGAAAGUUUUGUUUAUGGAGACUCUCUAUAAAAUUAAAUUGUAGCAAUUAUAGUCCCUUAAUAUGAUUAUAUAUAGAAAUAAGCAAAUUUAAUGUAAAUUCAAGGAGGAUUUGAAGAGUUAUGUUAAAAUCAAAAGAUAAUUAGUUUAUUUAAACAAAAUAUUGAGGCAUUUGGAAAAUAAAAUUAACUUAAUUCAUUAGAAAUUGUAAUUUAUUAAAAAUAAAAUUAGACAAAAUUAAUCUAUUUAGAACCUUAACCAUUAUAAAAUUUAGGAUGUCUCACUUCCACUUUAAAAUUGUAAAGACAUAUUGCCAAAUAAGUGUUUGCUAAAUAAAUUGAAAAUUUAUAUAAAUAACAAGUUUAAUGA